ACUUGACAUAUAGAAAUUCGAACAUCGAUUCAGUCUUUUCUGAAAGAAUUUUUCUGUGAAACCGGAUUGUGAAUUUCAAUUUUUUUAAAUUUCAUUUCAUUUGAUACACAAAGUCGUAGUGAUUAAUUAUGACAUCAUCACAUAAAUGUGAAACACCGAAUUGCGACAAGCCUGCAACACUGCAAUGUCCGACAUGCCUCAAAAUUGGAAUUCAGGGAUCAUUUUUCUGUUCACAAGAGUGUUUCAAGUCGGCAUGGAAAGGACAUAAAGUUAUACAUGCGUUAGCAAAGGGUGAGACUGGUGCGACUGACCCAGGACAUGUUGCUUACAAUCCAUGGCCUUAUUACACUUUUACCGGCAAAUUGCGUCCCUGGGAACAGACUCCGAUCCGUACGGUGCCAACUAGCAUUGGUCGUCCUGAUUAUGCUGAUCAUCCUGCCGGUAAACCGUUAAGUGAAGAGAGUUUUCGUGGUAACACCACUAUUAAGGUACUAGACGAUGAAGAAAUCGAAUCGAUGAGAGUUUCGUGUAAAUUGGGUCGUGAAGUGCUAGACGAAGCGGCUAAGACUGUUGGUGUCGGCGUUACCACUGAUGAAAUAGAUCGUGUGGUACAUGAGGCAUGCAUCGAACGAGAAUGCUAUCCGAGUCCUUUGAAUUAUUACAAAUUUCCUGCUUCCUGUUGCACUUCAGUCAACGAAGUUAUUUGUCAUGGCAUACCUGACACAAGACCAUUAGAGGAUGGCGAUUUGUGCAACGUAGAUGUGACAGUGUAUCAUCGUGGCUUUCACGGUGAUCUCAAUGAAACCUUUUUCGUUGGCAAUGUUUCCGACAAGCACAAAAACUUAGUCAAAGUAACCUAUGAAGCGCUGAGUAAGGCAAUCGAAAUAGUUAAGCCGGGCGAAAGAUAUCGAGAAAUCGGAAAUGUAAUCCAAAAGCAUGUUCAAACACAUGGCUACAGUGUCGUGAAGAGUUACUGUGGACAUGGAAUCCAUCGGUUAUUCCACACCGCACCGAAUGUACCACACUAUGCCAAAAAUAAUGCUGUGGGUGUAAUGAAAGCCGGAAACGUUUUUACAAUCGAGCCAAUGAUCUCCGAAGGAACCUGGCGUGACGCUCAAUGGCCCGAUGACUGGACAGCCGUAACUCAAGAUGGCCUGUGGAGUGCUCAAUUCGAACAAACUCUUUUAGUAACGGAAACGGGUUGUGAAAUAAUGACCAGACGACGUACGAAUAACGGACAACCGUGGUUUUUGGACAAUUUUUAGAUGAAUUACCGAAAAUUUUUACAUUUUUUUUUCUAUUUAACGCGCGUUUGUUGGGAUGUUUUUUUUUUAAAUAAUUGAUAAUCCUAAAAUUAAUGGACGCAACCUGUUUUUAAUGCGAUUGCUACAUCCAAAUUUUUUUGUUUCUUGAGAAUUCUUAAAAUAAAAUUUGCAUUUCAAAAGUU